UUAAAACACAUAUUUACUAUAGUUGCAUAAAGUGUCAAAAGUAUUCUUGGAUACAUUAUCCCAAAAAUAUGUACUUUCAAAGUUUCCUUGCAACCUAGUAGUGACGCGCGCACAGAUGUAUCAGAAAAGCUGUGUAUAAAAAGGGAAUGAUUGGAUGUCUAAAACACAAUACCUGGACGAAGCUACAAUUGAAAGUCAUGCAAACAGAUUUAAUUAAUUCUAAAGUGCUCUGACGUCGCAGAAGGAACGGCAAACCUCCCAGUUGUUUAAAAGACCAUCACUCAACACUGCCUCUAAACUCGGAACAGAAACUGAUCACUUUGGGGCCAGGAAUUAAAUACACAACGUUCAUAAUAUUAAGGUUUCUCAGUAACCAAAUGGACCCUGUCAGUAAAGCUCGAACAGGCCGGACCCUCAGACUCACAUAUACCCUCCUGAUAAUCGGAACACUGUGUGUCGGCCCACAUAUGUGCCACGGCCAGAUUGACCCCCUGGCUCUGGGGAAAGCAGAUCCGCAGUGCUGGGAGUCCUCCUCAGCACUCCUUUUAGAGAUGAGAAAGCCACGCAUCUCUGACACUGUCUCUGGCUUUUGGGACUUUAUGAUCUACCUGAAGUCAUCCAACAACAUGAAGCACGGGGCUCUGUUUUGGGACUUGGCUCAGCUCUUCUGGGAUAUCUACGUGGACUGUGUGCUAUCCCGAACACACGGCCUGGGACGCAGACAACUCUCUGAAAGGAAACAGGAAAUAAUGGCUCUGGCUUCCUUUAUCACAGACAAGUCAUAUAUCCGGGGACAAAGAAGCGAUUUCCCUAAAAACGAAUACACUCAAGACUUGAUAGGAAUCCAUGUACACAGAAGUGGACCUGGGGUACUGGGAAGAAUAACCAAAUCCCUAGGGUUAAAGAGGAGCUCCAGAAUGUAGCCAUUGGUAUUGUUUGUUGUGCAUUGACUUUUUGUACUUUUUAACUAUUUAUUAAAACUCACAUAACUUACCUGCACAGUUUCAGCAGUUAUGAAUUCCACCUAGUUAUUCUCAUGUCUGUCAAUGUGUUUUUCUUACUCAGUUUUUUGUUAGAUGACAGGUUGAUGACCAAUUCAGUGGAGCAAACACUAGCGCUAUCCCCCAAAAAGGUAUCUAAAUUGUGUUUAGUGUGGAAAUUUGCAGGUACGUUGUUAAAUGUUAACCUGGUUAAAUGUUAAAUAGAAUCUGAGUGAGGUUA